AUGAGUUCAUCUGGUUGUACAGAUAAAAUGAAAUAUAUUUAUCAACUACCAUUUUUUGAACGAUCGGAACUUUGCAAAAUACUUAAUCAAAAUGACAAGUGGGAAGAACUUGCUGGAACAUGGAUGGAAUAUGAUGUGUUGACAAUACAAAGUUUACGAAAGGAAAAGAAUCCAACAGAUGAAUUAUUAACAAUGUGGGGUCAUCAUAAUCAUACCAUAUUGGAAUUAUUUGUUUUAUUAUCUAGAAUGCAGCAUUAUCAAUCUAUGGUGCCAUUAAAACCAUUUGUUGAAGAAAAAUUUCAUAAGUUACUAUAUAAUGGAGAGGGUAAUCUUCAUAGAAUACUUGGGAAACAUCUUAAUAAAAAUACAAAAGAUUUAAAAAUAGAAACGCAAAAUUUUAAUCAAAUUGUACCACCAGAACCAAAUGUACCAAAAAUUAUUAUAGAACAAAAUACAAAGGAAGAAUCUUACAAAAUUUUGAAUCAACCAAUGCAAGCUAUGCAUAUUGGAGUUACUCCAAGUAAUUCUAACAAUUUACUUGUAGCUUCUCUAGCAGCAGCAAAUCCUUUACCAGCUUCUUUGCAGCGUGUUCAAAGUAAUGGAAAAAAACAUAAUGAUGCAAUUAUUUUCAAAGCAGAAACAAGCAUACCCUGUGCAACUUAUAAUGAAUUAACUAUAGCUACAAAUGAGUGGAAUAAAUACAAUAUAUUAGGAAGAGGUGGUUUUGGAACUGUGUAUAGAGGCACAUGGAAGAAUACAAAUGUAGCUAUUAAGAGAAUAGAGAAAAGAGGUGCAGAAUCAGAUGAAAGUCAUAUGCUUCAACUACAACAGUCACUUAGAGAAAUCAAAAUUUUAAAUUCUUGCAGACAUGAAAAUAUUUUACCACUAUAUGCCUACAGUUUAGAUGGCAAAAUACCCUGUCUUGUGUAUCAGCUUAUGAAAAAUGGAUCAUUAGAAGACAGACUGUUAGUAAAGCAGAAAACUCAACCUUUAUCUUGGAUCCAGCGUCAUGAAAUAGCUAAAGGAACUGCAUGUGGUUUACAAUAUUUACAUACAAUUCGAGAAAAACCUCUAAUACAUGGUGAUAUAAAAAGUGCUAAUAUUUUACUUGACAAUAAUUUUGAACCUAGAAUUGGGGAUUUUGGUUUAGCAAGAGAGGGUCCAGAGAGUGACUCUAUGAAAGUAAGCAAAAUUCAUGGUACUAGACCAUAUCUGCCAGAAGAAUUUUUAUAUGGACGAAAAUUAUCUACAAAAGUAGAUACAUAUAGUUAUGGUAUAGUUUUAUUUGAAUUAGCUACUGGUUUAUCAGCUUAUGAUGAGUCUAGAUUGGAAAAUAGAUUUUUAAAGGAUUUUAUUGAUAGUUGGGAAGAUAAAGAUCUUCCUUUGCUGAUAGACAAGAAAGCAGGUGAGAAAGAUAAACAGGUUUACAAUAAUUUAAUGGUUUUGGGAAAGUGGUGUGCUAAUCAUAUGGCACAAAAUAGACCUGAAAUGGAUUAUGUGUUUAAGAAACUGAAUGAUUUAUGA